UAAGUUAAUAAUUAUACUAAAAAUACAUUUAAAAUUUUCAUAAAAAAAUUAAAAUUCAAUCAAAGAAUAUUCUUGAAUUUAUUUAUUUAUUUACAAGAUUCUCCAUACUUAACUAUGUUGAAUAUUUUGCAUUUUCAUGCAAAACAAAAUGUAACGUAACUUUAAGAACACACGUAAAGAAACACACACAUUAUUAGAUCAAUAAAUUUUAAUAUUUUCCCUCAUUUAUGACUUAUCCAAUUUUCAAAACAUUGCAUUUCAGACUUUGUAGAGGAUAGUAAUGACGGUAGGCAAUAUUUAGGUCCGGAAAAACGUGUUCGAUAGAUUCAUCCGACCUGUUGGGAUUAUGUUUUGUACACGCGAAACAAAUUCCGAUUAAAUAGAACGAUAAUACGUUAUUUUACUAAUGGUUUAUAAAAUUAAUCUCAGGGCACAAAUACACCUUUUGCAUCGAGUAAUCUGUUAAUUAAAAAUAUAUACAUUAAGCAAUUUAUUUAUCUUAUCGGACAGGAGCCACACAAAGGAAAUGGCACAAACGACACGAGAUGGAGGAAAUUGCGGGAAGGCAAAAGAUGCCCUGUGCCUCGAUAGUUGAAUCUCAUCUAAUCCCAAAAUCCCAAGAUCCUAUCUUGGUCAUCGACUCAUUGGUUGAAGCCUAGCUUAUCCAUCACCAUUUGCCAGCCCCACUAGUAAUCCUCUCUUUUUGCCUCUCUCAUUAGUUCCCACUUUCCACUUCCCUUCCUCAAUGCACCCUCACGGCGAAGAAUAAUGACUCACGCAUCAACCCACCACAACUCUGUGACAGUUACCCAAGCCCCAACCUUUCCAUUUAGCCCCCCAUUCUAAUUUAUUUUCAGGAGAUAACACAAUCUCACACCCAAACACAGCUUAAUCCCCGCAAAAACCCCAACAUGAGUGCUGUGAAUCUUAACUCAUGGGCACGCCCCAGUUUCAUUUUGAACCAAGCAACGAGAUCCAGAUCCCCAACCUUUCAUCUAUUUCACGGUCUCACUAAGUUACCCAUUUCCUCCAUCACUGUUACAAAACCGCAAAGGCAUAAACUUUCUUCUUCGUCUUCUUCUUGUUGUUCUUCUUCUUUCUCUGUCUCUGCAGUGCUGACCAAGGAAGAGGACACCGUGGAAGCGGAAGAGAAACCCGUCUUCAAUUUCAAGUCCUACAUGUUUCAUAAAGCGAGCGCAGUCAACCAGGCGCUUGACGACGCCGUUUCGCUCCGCGAGCCACAUAAGAUCCACGAGGCUAUGCGCUAUUCUCUCCUCGCCGGCGGCAAACGCGUGCGGCCUGUCCUCUGUGUCGCCGCCUGCGAACUCGUUGGCGGCGCCGAGGCAACCGCGAUGCCCGCCGCCUGCGCAAUCGAGAUGAUCCACACCAUGUCCCUCAUCCACGACGACCUCCCUUGCAUGGACAACGACGAUCUCCGGCGAGGCAAGCCCACCAACCAUAAGGUCUUCGGCGAGGACGUUGCGGUCCUCGCCGGCGAUGCGCUUCUCGCCUUUGCCUUCGAGCACAUCGCCGUCUCCACCGUCGGUGUGUCACCGGCGCGGAUCGUGCGCGCAAUUGGCGAGCUUGCGCGGUCGAUCGGCGCCGAGGGACUCGUCGCUGGGCAAGUUGUCGACAUAAAUUCGGAAGGCUUGUCCGAUGUGGGACUUGAAAGACUUGAGUUCAUUCACCUUCAUAAGACCGCGGCGUUGCUUGAAGGUGCCGUUGUUCUUGGUGCAAUUCUGGGUGGCGGUUCUGAUGAUGAGGUUGAGAAAUUGAGGAAAUUUGCUAGGUAUAUAGGGUUGCUGUUUCAGGUUGUUGAUGAUAUUCUUGAUGUAACAAAGUCUUCACUAGAAUUGGGGAAGACUGCGGGGAAAGACCUUGUGGCUGAUAAGGUUACUUACCCUAAGCUUUUGGGGAUUGAGAAAUCUAAGGAGUUUGCGGAAAAAUUGAAUAAAGAUGCACAGGAUCAGCUUGUAGGAUUUGACCCUGAUAAGGCUGCUCCUUUGAUUGCCCUAGCUAAUUACAUUGCUUAUAGGCAAAACUAGACUGUUGUAUCACAAGUUAACAAUUGUUUGUUUAGAAAAUUUAGAUUUAUGAGAUCAUUGGAUUUACUUAUUGCAAACAAAUUUUGCAACUAAGGAUGUGUAAAGUAAUCCCCUCCUACCCUUUUUCUAUGUGCAAUAAUAGUUUUCAAUUUUGUAUGACGCAUAAGCAUAAUCCCUUUUUGUAAUUAAAUAUUGUAUCCUUAGUUCACCCGCAGUCUGUUUUUCUCUUCCGCUAUUUGCAAAGAAUUCUUACACACGGCAUAUUCAGAAACUUGAAGGAUGUUAAAUAGUUUGUCUCACUACUUAUGUUGGUGACUUUUACUAGCUCGUCUAAAGGUUUCUCUGCAUCUGGUUUUCAAGCAUUGAAUUGACAAAGUUAUGUCAUAUAGUGAGUACUUGGAGCUAAUAGUAGUUUUUCUAUUUUCUGUUCGUUUGAGAUCCUGCAAUUAAGUUUUAGUUAGCGACCUAUCUGCUGAGAUGGAUACGAUGUUGGGGAUAAUCAAACAGCUUUAUUUAAUAUUAUCUACAUAUGUAUAUUCGAACAUGGUUCUUUCUGCUUUUUAAUUUUAUGCAGAGUGGGAAAAGUCAGCCUUGUUAUUGGAGGCUGAUGAAACAAUCAGUAAGAUGUUUAGCCUCUGCAUAGCAUUUUCUUAGAAGAUGACUUCGUAUAAAUUAUUUAUCUUUGGAGAUUAGGCAAUCGAGUAUAAUCAAAUGAACCCUUCAUUCCUGUCGUCUCCUUAUUUUAUUAAAUUCUUUGAAGCAAAGUGAU